AUGACUACAGUUGCCCAUUCACAUGCUGAUCAUAAACGGGACCAGACUUUUGAACAGUUGUUAAAGCCUGUAUAUAAGGGUAAAAAGCUGACAGAUGAGGUUAAUACCGCUGAAGAUAAGUGGAAUUUGCUUCCAGCUUUUCUUAAAGUUAAAGGUUUGGUGAAGCAGCAUUUGGAUUCGUUUAAUUACUUCGUCGAUGUGGAUUUAAAGAAGAUUAUUAAGGCCAAUGAGAUGGUGCUGAGUGAUGUGGAUCCGGAAUUUUAUCUGAAGUAUGUAGAUAUUAGAGUUGGUCAGAGAUCCAAUUCGAGCAGAAUUGCCAUGGUCCCUCCACAUGAGUGUAGACUGAGAGAUAUGACUUAUAGUACUCCUAUUUAUGUUGAUAUCGAAUAUACCCGAGGGAGAUCUAUUGUGUUGCAUCGUGACGUUGAAAUUGGGCGAAUGCCUAUUAUGUUGAGAUCUAACAAAUGUAUUUUGACGGAUGCCAGUGAGGAUUUAAUGGCGCGUUUGAACGAGUGCCCAUUAGACCCUGGUGGAUACUUUAUUGUGAACGGUACGGAGAAGGUCAUUUUGGUUCAAGAGCAGUUGUCGAAAAAUCGUAUCAUUGUAGAAGCAGACGAGAAAAAAGCGAUUGUGCAAGCAUCUGUGACAUCUUCUACUCACGAGCGGAAGUCCAAAACUUAUGUUGUUACUAAAAAUGAUCGUAUUUAUCUGAAGCACAACUCUAUCUCUGAGGAUGUUCCUAUUGUGAUUGUGCUAAAAGCUUGCGGGGUAAUCUCGGAUCUUGAAAUCAUGCAAUUGGUGUGCGGUAAUGAUAGUAGCUACCAGGAUAUCUUUGCAAUUAACUUUGAAGAAGCAUCUAAAAUGAAUAUUUAUACACAACAACAGGCAUUGGAAUAUAUCGGGACGAAAGUGAAGACUAUCAGACGUCAAAAAUUGACCAUCUUGCAAGAGGGUAUAGAGGCUAUUGCCACUACUGUUAUUGCGCAUUUAACUGUUGAAGCUCUAGAUUUCCGCGAGAAAGCUUUAUACAUUGCUAUGAUGACUCGUAGGGUUGUUAUGGCCAUCCACAACCCAAAGAUGGUUGAUGACAGAGAUUAUGUGGGUAACAAGCGUUUAGAAUUAGCUGGUCAGCUUAUGUCGCUGCUAUUUGAAGAUUUAUUCAAGAAAUUUAAUAAUGAUUUUAAGGCUAGUAUUGACAAGGUGCUCAGAAAACCCAAUAGAGCCGAGAUGUACGAUGCCUUACUUUCAAUUAACGUUCACUCCAAUAAUAUCACCUCUGGUAUGAAUAGAGCAAUUUCUACUGGUAACUGGUCUUUAAAGAGAUUUAAGAUGGAAAGGGCUGGUGUUACCCAUGUGUUGAGUAGAUUAUCCUAUAUUUCAGCAUUAGGUAUGAUGACCAGAAUUUCGUCUCAGUUUGAAAAAUCUAGAAAGGUUUCUGGUCCCAGAGCACUGCAGCCAUCCCAAUUUGGGAUGCUGUGUACUUCUGAUACUCCAGAAGGUGAAGCAUGUGGGUUGGUUAAAAAUUUAGCGUUGAUGACCCAUAUCACCACAGAUGACGAGGAAGAACCGAUCAAGAAACUCUGUUAUUUGCUAGGUGUUGAGGACAUUACUCUUGUUGAUAGUGCUUCGUUACAUCUAAACUACGGUGUCUAUCUGAAUGGUACGAUUGUUGGAACGACUAGGUUCCCAACCACAUUCGUCACCCAGUUUAGACACUUGAGAAGGACAGGAAAGAUCUCGGAGUUUAUUUCCAUAUACACCAACAGCCACCAAAAGGCUGUCCAUAUAGCCACUGACGGUGGGCGGAUUUGUAGGCCACUGAUAAUUAUCGAGAAUGGCUGUUCUAAGGUUACUGCAGAUCACUUGCGAGAGUUAUUAAAUGGUGACUUACAGUUCGAUGAUUUCUUGAGACUCGGACUAGUAGAAUAUCUGGAUGUCAACGAAGAAAACGACUCAUUUAUUGCAUUAUAUGAAAAGGAUAUUAGCGAUAGUAUAACCCAUUUGGAAAUUGAGCCAUUUACUGUCUUAGGUGCAGUUGCUGGAUUAAUUCCAUAUCCACACCAUAACCAAUCUCCUCGUAAUACCUAUCAAUGUGCGAUGGGUAAGCAAGCAAUUGGAGCAAUUGCCUAUAAUCAAUUCAAGAGAAUCGAUACCUUGCUGUACUUAAUGAUCUAUCCGCAACAGCCUAUGGUGAAAACGAAGACAAUUGAAUUGAUAGAUUAUGACAAGUUACCAGCAGGCCAGAACGCUACAGUUGCCGUUAUGUCUUAUUCAGGAUAUGAUAUUGAAGAUGCUCUGGUUAUAAACAAGUCUUCAAUCGAUAGAGGUUUUGGAAGAUGUGAAACACGUAAGAAAACGACUACGAUACUGAAAAGAUACCCGAAUCACACACAGGACAUCAUUGGAGGUAUGCGUGUGGACGAAAAUGGAGAGCCAAUUUGGCAACAUAAGUCUCUGGGAUCUGAUGGUUUGGGUGAAGUUGGAACUAGGGUUGAAAAUGGACAAAUCUACAUUAAUAAAUCUGUUCCUACCAAUGCAUCCGAUAGCGUUUUAACCCAGACACAAUCGCAGUAUAGGGAAGCUCCAAUCACAUAUAGAGGUCCUGAACCAUCACAUAUCGAUCAGGUUAUGAUGUCUGUUUCGGAUAAUGACCAGGCUUUGAUUAAGGUAUUGCUGAGACAAAAUAGAAGGCCAGAACUAGGUGACAAAUUUUCCUCUAGACAUGGUCAAAAGGGUGUCUGUGGUAUUAUUGUUCGUCAAGAAGAUAUGCCGUUCAACGAUCAAGGCGUUUGUCCUGAUAUUAUUAUGAAUCCUCACGGUUUUCCAUCUCGUAUGACUGUUGGUAAAAUGAUAGAAUUGGUCUCCGGUAAAGCCGGUGUGUUAAAUGGUACUUUAGAAUACGGUACGUGUUUUGGAGGUUCAAAACUUGCCGAUAUGUCUGACAUUCUGGUUAAGAACGGCUUUAACUAUUCAGGUAAGGACAUGUUAUACUCCGGUAUCACUGGUGAGUGUCUACAAGCGUACAUCUUCUUUGGUCCAAUUUACUACCAGAAAUUGAAGCAUAUGGUCCUCGAUAAAAUGCAUGCGAGAGCAAGAGGUCCAAGAGCUGUCUUGACUCGUCAACCUACGGAAGGUAGAUCUAGAGAUGGUGGGUUAAGAUUGGGUGAAAUGGAAAGAGAUUGUGUGAUUGCAUAUGGUGCUUCUCAAUUGUUGUUGGAAAGAUUGAUGUUAAGUUCUGAUGCUUUUGAGGUGGACGUCUGCGAUAAGUGCGGUUUAAUGGGUUACUCAGGUUGGUGCACAUCAUGUAAGACUGCAGAAAACGUAAUCAAAAUAACUAUACCAUACGCUGCGAAACUAUUGUUCCAAGAGUUGUUGUCUAUGAGUAUUGCUCCUAGACUGAAGUUGGAAGAUGUGUUCCAGUCAUAG